AUGGGGAAUAUGGAUUAUCUUCUAUCCGAUAUUUCGGACUCGGAGUUAAGUCCUCCUCCUCCUGAUCUUGCGUAUUCGUCAGAGUCAGAGGAUACAGCGACGCGUUAUCCAACACCUUCAUCCCAAGUGGAAGCUGAGCUUGCCGCUGAGGGUUCUGCACGCCAAGCCCCUCCCGCGAAGAGGAGACGCAACCCUUUACCGAAGGAACGGACCACUCAGUAUCUCGAUCUGUCUAAAUCUCUUCAUGAACAAACUGAUCAGCACAAUUUGCUCGUUCAAACUCUUCGGCAUCAAAAAGAUAUUGUCGUCAUCGCUGGCGCCGGUAUCUCCACUGCCGCGGGUAUUCCGGACUUUCGCUCCACAGAUGGACUCUUCAAAACUUUGCAGAAAAAGCACAAUUUAAAAGCUUCCGGGAAGCUUCUGUUCGAUGCAGCCGUCUACCAAGAUGAGGCAUUGACGGCUCCCUUCCAUGAAAUGGUCCGGUCGCUGUCGGAGGCUGAUCCCAAGCCCACCGCCUUCCACGAAAUGCUCGCCCGAUUAGGCACUGAGUCGCGCCUCAAACGGCUUUACACCCAAAACAUCGAUGGCAUUGAAACUUCAAUGAAGCCGCUGGCUACUGAAAUUCCACUCAGCGUUAAGGGUGGUUGGCCGGUCACAAUCCAACUUCACGGCAGUAUCGAAUGGAUGGUUUGCCAAAAAUGCAGCUACCUCACCAGCUUCAAAGCAGCCUUGUUCACAGAAGCCGAUCCUCCCCCAUGCACAGAGUGCGCAGGAAAUGACGACGCUCGCCUAACCGCCGGACUACGAAGCCACGGAAUCGGACGCAUGCGCCCGCGGAUUGUCCUCUACAAUGAACACAACCCGGACGAAGAGGCAAUUGCCUCCGUGAUGAACGCCGACAUCAAAUCCCGCCCUCGCGUAUUAAUCGUCGCUGGUACCAGCUUGAAGAUUCCUGGAGUCCGUCGUCUCGUCAAAAGCAUGUGUGCGAACAUCCGCACUCGCAAGGAUGGAGUCACAAUGUUCAUCAACAAUGAACCACCAAGCGGCAAGGAGUUCGAUGACUGCUUCGACUUGAUCAUCAAGGGAUCGUGCGAUGAAGUCGCCCGUCAGGUCAAUUUGAAGCCAUGGAAUUCGAACGAUAUCACACCAUGCACAUACGAGUCAUCGCCUGAACCAAUGCCACUAUCCCGGCCCGAUCUUGCUGUGCAGGUCAUGAAAACACCGCAAAAGAGACCACGCACAAACACUGGUCUUCUUUCACCUUCCUCCAGCCAUGAUGAGAAGCCCACGAAGAAGCCUGCCACCACAGCGGCGAAAAGGAAGAUUACGAACCCGGCGAGCAAUGGCCUUUCCAUCUCACAACUCCUCCAGAACUCGAAACCCACUACUACCAAGGCUGCUCCUAAGGCUGUUCCCACGGCCGCUCCCAAGGCCGCUCCCAAGCUUGCUCCCAAACCCCGUGCGAAGAAGGCUGCAACGACUGCUGCUUCAAAGAAGCGUGCUACGAAGGCCCCGCCCAAGCCCAAUGCCACCCUUGCAUUUACAACCACCAAACCCAAUCAAUCUGCCGGGAAACUCAACACAAAGGCCGAUGGCAAAGCCAUGCAACCAGUCCCAGCUGGCGCUUCGAGGAACAACGGUCUCAUUCGCCCAGAGCAACCCGAGAAAGCAGAUAUUACCCUCGACUCGGAUACUCUGCCUCGGACAUGUCUUUCCUCCUGA